UAAACUGAAGAGAGGGUCUUAAGGACGAUAUUUCACACACUCUGGAGCUUCAAACACAGAAUAUGAAUUUAACUGAAAAUAUAUCCGUAGUUAUAUCAAACAAUGCAGAUAUUUAUGAAAAUGCCCCCCUGAAUGCCCCGUGUCUCCUGGGAUAUGCUCCAGACUCCUCACAACCCUGCGCAGGAUAAGUGGAUAAGAAAAUAGAUGGAUGUAUCAGUAUUAGCUUUUAUAAUAAUAUUCUAGUUUCCAUUCAUUCAUUCAUUCAUUCAUUCAUCCAUUGUCUAUACCCGCUUUAUUCCUAAUUAGGGUCACAGGGAUCUGGACAACAGGUCGCCAGUCCAUCGCAGGGCUCUAGUUUCCAUUUGCAGGGUAAAACUUUAUAAUACAGUAGAGUAAUUAGGCAGAACCUAAGCAGGACUGAAUGAGUAGUACUGUCUGAACAUCUACAGCACUACUAAAGAAUACUAGGUAACUAGAAAUAAAGUGUAACUAAGCAGUAAUGCAUACCUCUUGGGGAACUAGCAGCUAACAACUGAUUAAUUAAUAAUCACAAAAGCCAUUUUUUCUACCUUUUGAAGUUAUUUAUAAUGAUCUGUUAUAUAGAACAGGAAAUGCUAUCAGUGAUCGUCAUUCUUUAGUGCAACACAAAGAUGUUAAUAGCUAUAUCAUGAUGAAAUGGUAAUGUUUGCAUUAAGUGUGUGUAAAAGAGUAAACUGAAGCCGUCUCAUCUGUUCAUGUCAUUCCUGUAUCUAGUCAAGCCAUUGCAUGCAGUGACAAGGCUAGUGUCAGAUUAGAGUCAAAUGCUAAUAAGCGAGGCCACUUUACUACAUGUUCAUGUGCACACAGGCACUCAUGUGCAUUAACCUCACACCUUCUACGCAGUGGAUGUAGUGAAUAAAAGGGAUCGUACAGUUGGAAUGUGGAAAUGGCCUGUUUGAUGGACGCUUUUAUGGCUGUUAUAGGCGGGAUUGUGUUACUCUCAUUACUGUGUAUAGCUAUUUGUUACAUGAGCAGCUAAGCACUAAGUGCUACUAUUGUUACAGCAGUCAGAUUACUGGAUUACUGUCUUAGUGUCUCCACUAGAGACAGAGAGGGGCUAAAGGGAUUAAGUCGCUUCUCCCUGGACUGUAGUGUCUCCGGAUGUUUUUCCCGGAUGGAAUUCUUCUGAUGACAGUUUCUUUGGAUAUCUGAUAAAUCACGAAUGAAGCUCAGGAAAGAAGGCAGCAUCACAAAAGACACAAUGCGGUAGUACAAAAGCUAGACAUGAACAAGUGGAUUUAGAGUUUAACAUCAGCAGGAUAAUGCAAUGCUGAUUUUUUAUGGUAGAUUAUGACUUUACAUUAUGAACUUUACUGUCCAUGAUGUGAUUAAGACAAGCGUGGACAGCUGUACGAUUUUCCUUGCUCCACUCGGAUCCUGAGUCACUGGUUAAAUGGUGCUGAUAAGGUCUAAUUUUGGUACAAGACCAAAAUGGCAGCAGGAACCUGCCACAUCGUCAUGGAAACCUCUAAACACAGUAGCAGUGAUGCAGAGGAGAAAGAGGACUUUUGUUAUGCUGCUGCUGCUGCUGCUGCUGCUGCUGCUGAUGAUGAUUAUGAUUAUGAUAAUGUGUAUCUUGUCAAUGAUGAUGAUGAUGAUGAUGUUAUCUAUCAGGAAUUUUCGGAAUUGGACUUCUUCCAGUUACCAGACUCCAAAAGCGUUGUGUCGGACGAUUCCUUCUAUCCACCUGACACUUCGGUCACCUCUCAGAGAUCUCCAUCUCCUGAGGGUCCAGAGCCUCUCACGUUUUUCAUGGCAUGCUGCAACAACAAUGCCAUCAUAGUCAAAAUUAUGAUCAGGCAAGGAGUCAGUAAAGAGGAAGUUCGAGAAGUGGAUAAAAACAACAGGACUGGUCUGAUUGUGGCGUGUUAUCAGGGCUAUGUGGACGUCGUCAUCGCUCUCUCACAGUGUCCAUAUGUGGAUGUGAACUGGCAAGACAGCGAGGGCAACACGGCUCUCAUGACAGCUGCACAAGCAGGUCACAUUAUGAUCACCAACUUUUUACUGAACUACUACACUGGGGUGGAUAUCGAACUCAGGAAUUAUCACGGCUUCACUGCCGUUAUGAAAGCAGCCGUGCAGGGCCGGGCCAACUGCGUCCGAGCCCUUAUGAUGUCAGGUGCGGACAUUGAGGUGAGGGACCACGGGCGCAAGCUGACGGCGCUCGAGUGGGCACUUUUCACAGGCCGCUAUGAGACAGUGCGGAUGAUGCAGAGGCUUAUGACACGGCCGUGUGCCGAACAGUUCUGUGAUUCAUUCCGAAUGGAAUGGCCCAAGUUGUCUCAACUGGUGUACCAGGCACAGGAGCCCCAACCGUGCUGGAGGAAGGUGUCGGAGAGCAUGUGUGGCACCUUCAACCUCAGAAUUAGGACUGAGCCACUGGAGGAGGGGGUGCUAGACUACAUGGUGCGUCUGACCACAGCACUGGCAAGUCCGCUUGUGGCAACUGCCUGCAGCACAGUAUGCCCAGGGAGCCCACCAUGUGUAGGCAAACAUCGACCAGCUGUCCCAGAUAUCCUGCGGGACAAUGACAAGCGGGCGGAGGAUCUUAAAAGCCUGGAGAACUAUAAGCGUCUCUUCCAAAGCGGUCGUAUGCCACUGGUUUUCAAGGAACAGGAGCAGUGUGGCAGCCUGCAAGUGCCAACGCUGCCAGAUGUGGUGCUGGCAUCCAGCAUGACGCUGCGCAGAAACAGCCUGCUGCCGCUGUACAAGAUAUGCAGGAGAAGCGUGUCACCAGGUCUGGUGGUGCCCAAAGUACGCCUGUGCAAGGCUCCACCACCAACCUAUACACCUGAGAGGAACCGGCGCGGGAGCAAGGAUUCACAGUACCUGCAGAUUCCCAAGUGGAAAUAUAAAGCAUUGAGGGAGGAGAAGGAGCAGGGAAAGCAAAAAGAAAAGCUGAGGCUUCCUAUCAUGAUGAAGAGAUGAUACAAACACGGACACUUCAUGUCUUCUUCUGUCCUGGGGGACUCAUCUUUCCAAAGACAAGCUGACUGCUGUAGGCACUCAGCUAUAUAACAGAAAUUUCACUUCAUUUGUCUGAUAGACAUGACACAU